GGACUCUACUUGUCUGUCUGUCUCUCUGAGGACUCUACAUUUCUGUCUCUCUGUGAGGACUCUACCUGCCAGGCGAUCUUUGUACCUGUCUGUCUCUCAUCCUGUCAGCUGACUCAUCAGUACCGUAGUCGAUGUUUCCGGCUGCAGAACUUCAGGUCCGACCGAACCGUUCAGCUUCUGAGCUUCAGAUGUGAAACAAACCUCCAGAUGUCCAGCAGCAGGACCCUGCACUCCUCCACCGUGAGUCGAGGACCGAUCGUCUCGUUCAAACUGUCCGACAUCGGAGAGGGAAUCAUGGAGGUGACGGUGAAAGAGUGGUAUGUGAAGGAGGGGGACAAGGUGUCUCAGUUCGAUAGUAUCUGUGAGGUCCAGAGCGACAAGGCGUCCGUCACCAUCACCAGCCGCUAUGACGGAGUCAUCAAAAAACUCUACUACGACGUGGACGGCACCGCUUUAGUGGGAAAACCACUGGUGGACAUCGAGACCGAGUCCAGUUCAGAGGUGAUCCAGGAGGAGGACGUGGUGGAGACGCCCGCCAUGGCUCGAGAAGAACACACCCACCAGGAGAUAAAAGGUCACAAGACUCAGGCCACGCCUGCCGUUAGGCGCCUCGCCAUGGAGAACAACAUUAAGCUCAGUGAGGUGGUGGGGACUGGGAGAGACGGACGGAUCCUGAAGGAGGACAUCCUGAACUUCCUGGCGAAGCAGACCGGAGCCAUCAUACCUCCGACCCUGUUCCAGGAGAUCCAGACUCUGGCUCCGUCUGCUGCUGCUGCUAGGCCUGUGAGCACUACGGCAGCCAUCAAACCUCCACCCACCACACCCAAACCUGUCUUCACCGGGAAGGACGUGACCGAGCCCCUCAAAGGUUUCCACAGAGCGAUGGUGAAGACGAUGACGGCGGCGCUGAAGAUCCCUCACUUUGGUUACUGCGAUGAAGUGGACUUGAGCCGCCUGGUGUCUCUGAGAACUGAACUCAGACCCAUCGCUGAAGGCCGGGGGGUCAAACUGAGCUACAUGCCCUUCUUCAUCAAGGCUGCCUCCCUCGGCCUCCUCCACUUUCCCAUCCUCAACUCCUCAUUGGACGAAGGCUGCCAGAACAUCACGUACAAGGCGUCUCAUAACAUCGGCCUGGCGAUGGACACCAUUCAGGGUCUGCUGGUUCCCAAUGUGAAGAACGUUCAGCUGCUCAGUGUGUUCGACAUCGCUCAGGAGUUAAACCGUCUGCAGACGCUCGGAACUGCAGGGCAGCUGGGAACCAACGAGCUGAGUGGAGGAACCUUCACCCUGUCCAACAUCGGAUCAAUCGGAGGGACGUACGCCAAACCGGUCAUCCUUCCUCCUGAAGUCGCCAUCGGAGCUCUGGGACAAAUCCAGGUUCUUCCUCGGUUCGACGCCGGUGGUCAGGUUGUCCGAGCUCACAUCAUGAACGUCAGCUGGUCGGCGGAUCAUCGCAUCAUCGACGGAGCCACCAUGUGUCGGUUCUCCAACCUGUGGAGGGAGUACCUGGAGAACCCGGCCAGCAUGGUGCUGGACCUCAAAUAAACAGAGAGGAGUAUUUCCCAUCAGCCCCGGGGAGACCUUCUCUUCGCCUUCGCUUCGUCUUUCUGUUCGAGGCCUUCCCGUUCACUCGCUGUCGUUUCCUUUGAGCAAGGCAGCGGGAGGAGGGGUCAGCCUGUCAAUCAUGUUGUUUCCAUGACAACCACUAACACACACAGCGGAGGUUAGAGGUACUUAGUCUGUUUCUAAUGUUUCAGGAAAUCAAUUACAAGUCAUGACCAGUUCUAAAUCACUAAAACCAGUUGACAUGCUGGGAACCGGCGAACCUUUAGUGUCUCACUGCUCCUGGUUGGUCCUCAUUGAUCCAGAUCCCAGUGCUGUCCCCUAAACUUUUGACUUCUUCUGAAGCUGGAUGUGGAUCCAGGAUCUGGUCUGAGAUCAGUUAGUAGAGUGAAACAUGCUCCUUUAAGAACUUUGAAACUCUCCACGUGUUGUGUGACAUUCUCACUAGAACCGGGUUCCUGUUCCUCAAACAUCUGAGUCAGUGAAUUCAUUACGUAAACUGCUGCUGAAGUUCUGUGUGUUUUAAUCAUAUUUAUCUCCGAUAUCUGAUCUCCUGGUUUAAAGGCGUCUGUAUGCAAAUAAGGUGGGCGGGGCCAGCAUAGGUCGUGUGUCUGUGGGUGGAGGGUCAUGUGACUAAAUGAUUUUAUUCAUCAGGACCAAAUAUGAUUCACGUCUCUGAGGUUUUUGAUGAACAUGAACUCAUUUAAACUAUUGAUUAAUGAUUCUGGUUCUGAUCGGUUCGUUUGACGCCUCUUCACUGGAUCAGAACCAGUUUCACUUCAUGAUCUCUGUACUGGAUCAGAACCAGUUUCUGUCUAAAGGGUCCGUCAGUCCUCUGCUGAGUCUCAACGUUCAUGAUAUGAAACUGAAGUUUGUAAAUAAGCUGAAUUCUUGGUGAAGUCUGGUUCCUGGGCUGGUGUGAAAGAGGUCUAUCUGUAGACCUGAUCCCCAUUGUGGUCUGACCCGUCUGUUCAUCUGUACUGAAGACUGUUACAGAACCUGUGAAUAAUCUCUGGUGUUGGUUGAAUGUUUCUCUUCCUGCUUUGUUUUAGUUUUUAGCGACCGACUAAAUGUAAAACUAAUAAAAAGAAACGUAGCUUUUUGUAUUUUUGGGAGCGCUUGAACCUGGUGGAAUAAAUAAAGUUGAAGUGCACAAA